AUGCAUAACGGCUGUAUCCCGAUACUGCGGGUGCUUCCAUCGUGGCAACCGUUCCUGCAGACGAUAAUAGCACGCAACUUCCGACCUCUUGACGUGUCCGCAUACAGCGAAGAGUACCCGUCUGCGCUCAGCAUCGCUGUUCCUUCGCGGCUCUACUUCGCGAAGACCAGGGAGAAGCCAUACGCAGGGCUGCGGCUGGCCAUCAAGGACAUCAUCGACCUCAAGGGCCUCAAGAUGGGAGCGUCGUCUCGUGCGUACACGGCGCUCUACCCUUCACGAGCUUCCUGCGCGGAAACCGUUCAGCGGCAUCGUUCCGUACACAAAUUUGACACAAUUGGCGGGCUUGCUCAAACUGCAGGCGAGUUCAAGGUGCUUGCGGAAGCCCUCUACGGCUCGCCUGGCACAUCAGAUACCGGUGCCAUGGAGGUUGGUCAUGGGACCCACCCCCUAUUCCAUUCGCGCCGAGAGUUGACCUAG